CCCACCCACAAUAAUAACACACCUUUAGGAAAUUCGGUUUUUCUCCUGGUUUGGACCACAACCUCUUAGGUCAGUUGUAACACUUUCCUACUUUGUGACAGUUAGCUCCAGCUCCUAGACGUGAGUUAGCUGUCCAGAUUUAUAAAUAGUUGAGAGGCUGUUUGUUUCAUCCGUCGACACUCGACACCAAAGGAUCUCACAGACCUGCAUGCAAGCUCAAGCCGUCAUUCUGUCCCCCCAUGGUGGACUCUCUCUGUGGGACUACUCCUCUAUUUCUGUCUGGUCUCCAGGCCCGGGGCCCACUGCUGGCCUCUGGUCAGAUGCUAAAAGACCGGACUGUGGAGUACAUAGAGGUUUUUGCUUUGGAUUGUUGUCAAUAGAAAGAGACAGAAAGGAUCAGAGGACAGACAAGCAAAGGCUUUUCUGGAAGCAUUCUUAGGAGUCUACAAUAAACCCAAAUUAUGGAUUAUAAAACUGGAAGGAAAAGAACAAAUUCCAGGAUUUUUUUGGACAGAGGCCAUCUAAAAGGCACAAUGACUUAGGAGCUACCAGCUGUCCAACAUAAAAACCCUGACAAAGAGGUCCCAAACUUAGAGUCCUGUAGCUCAAGCAGCAGGCGGAGUGAAUCAUUUCAAGGUCGGUGUUUGCAUGAAUGACUGAACAACGGAAGACCGAGAUCCUUGCUUGCAAACCUGCAUCAUGACCUCAGUUGAGAAGCGCUGCUCAGGCCGAAAAAGUGGCGGGCAUCGAAAGCACAGCGAUGGAGGUUACAGUGAUACCUCCAGCGGUGGGUCCCUUCUGGAUGAGACUGACCGUGAGGUCAGCAAUUUGACAGAUCGAGCAUUUAGGAGUCUCUGCAUUGGAGAUGAGGCUGUUUAUAAUGACUCGGACCUCUGUUCAUCUUCUCCCUGCGUCCAGAGAGACAGACAGCUGGCAUUUAACGAGAGUGGCCAGAACAGAGACGACAGAGAGAGGGAGAACCUUAAAAGUACUUCAAAUGAGAGCUUCACGCUCAGGAUGCAGCAGUAUGGACAGGACAUGAUCCAUGGAGGAAUGUAUGGGGCCGAGAUCCAGAAAAAUCCACAGUGGGAGGUUUAUGGAGAGAAGACAAAGGGGAGGGUUUCUGCCUCAUUCCAGCAAUCCUUUGUGGAAACCUCUCAACAGCGGGAAACUCUGGGGCAAGAACAGUUGUCUCUUCUCAGUAAUGGAGCCACAGAGUUGAAUUCACAGCAACGCAGAAGCCGUUCAAGAGUAUCCUCUCUGAUCAGAGCUUUUAACUCUGAGGGACAAAGGGAUGGAGCAGUGGCGGAUGGUAAACCCAGAGAGUGGAAUGAUGAGACAAGCUGGGAUAAAUCGGCUCUGAUGAGUAUCCAAAGGGAACUUACAGAGUUUUCUACUCCUUACCAGCAAAACGUUAAUAGUGGUCAGUUCCCUUCAUAUGACACAUUUGCCUCCCAAGACACUAACUUGUACUCCUCUAAAGUGGCAGCAGUGUCUGACAUGAAUUCGGCAUCCUCUUUUAUGAGCUCUUCCCAUAGUAAUCACAGCAUGUCCGCUCAGGUCAACUGUAACUCUAACUUCUUUAUACACAGUGAGUUUAGUCCCUUCAAGGUAUGGAGGGACUAUAACAGGUUUCCCUUCUCACAAGGAGGAGUCUCAGGGUUUAUGCACAGUUCGGAGUUUCCUAAAUGGUAUGAGACACCGAUGUACAAGGAGCUUUCACUGGAGGCCCAACCACAGGGUCCUUAUCAGUUUGGUGAGAGGGUUAUCAGAGACCAGAGGAAUAACUUGGCACCUGUUGUUCCUCCCACUCAUCAACGAUCCACUUCAACAUCUACAAUGAUGCAGAAAGCUCCUGCUGUGGAGAAACGCUGUGAGUCGGAGUUGACUGGUCAUUACCCCCACAGAAAGCGUACACAGAGCCUAGGAACUAACAAGCUUCCACCACAAAGGCCAUCAACUGCGUCACCUUCCAGUGAGAUGUCUCGACGUGUCCAGGACACCAUAAGCUCAGUCAAAGCCCUUCAACAGAAAAUAAAAAUGAUGGAGCAAAAUCGUAUAACAGGGAUGACAACAAAUCAACCGGGAGGGCUUUGUAGCAAUGACAAUUCAAUAAUCAACAAUGCAGAAUCAAUGGCACCAAAUGUUACCAGUGGUACCACAAGGACGACCCCCUUCAACAUCAGCCAUCUGCUCACGCCUUUAGUUUAUGCACAUCAAGAAGCAGAGACAUCAGAGGUCGGACAGGAUGCAGUUUCUCCUCAACCUGUGGAGCAUGCUCCAGUGCGAGCAGAAAGCAGAGGAGCCACUCCUGAUAUUAGGAUGUCCAGCUACAGAUCCAGAGCCAGCAGCCUACUCUUCAAUCUCAAAGAUAAUAGGAAAAGAGUCAAAAGCACCUACAGUCCUACCAAAUUCAAAGGCUUGGAGACAUUUGAGAAAAACAUACAUCCCUCUACCCAGGAGCCAAGAGACACUGUGAGAGACAUCCCUGAUUUUCCAGAUCCAGACAUUCAAUUUCUCCAGGUAGAGGAAUCCACCAGGACUAAUGCUGCCUCAGAUCAAUAUGCAAACCUCUAUCAUAGCUCUGGAUUGAUGCUUUCAAAACAAAAUUCUCAACCUGAACAUAUAGGCCAAAUCACAAGUAAUUACCAAACAGCUCAGAUGCAAAGUGAGAUGGUUCAACACUCAGGCUUCACUGACCUUAAACCUGAAAAUUAUGCUCAAAAUCUUCCUGCUAAUGGACAGAAUCUCUAUGAAGAAUUGUCGUUUACUCCCUAUAAGGAAGGCGGGAUAGAUAAUGUAGAAUCUCCGGGAGGUGAUGUAUACAAGUUUAAACAAUCCUAUACAGCUACAGAAACACCACGGGUAAAUGCUGACAACUUUCAACACAAAGAAAACGUAAAAAGUAAGGCAAAUGCUGAGCAACAUUUAAAUCAAACAGUGGAAAGGGAAUUCACAAAAGUGGAUAGAUAUCAGCAGCUCAAAGACAAACAAUAUGAUGACAGUAAUAUGUCCUCACAUGAUAAGUGGAUAAUGACAAACAGCCAAGACACAGACAAUCUGAAAGCAAUCUCUCCAUGGAAACAAGAGAUAACUGCUUUAAUGGAAAAAGACCAACAUGCACAGGCUUCCCAAAGAGCAGCCAUAAUAAAGGAGGAACUCAAUUCACCAAGUUACAAAUACAGACAAAAUCAGCAGAGUGUAAAUAAAGAAUUUGAGAAACUAAAUGCUCCAUUGAGUAAUGACAGUAUAGAAAACCCAGCAUAUUAUGGACAACACCUUGGAGCUUUUAAGGACAAAUAUGCACUUCAAAUGUAUUAUGGACACAAUGAUGGAAAUGAACUGAAAGAUGAUUAUUUGACACAGAAUAAUGACAGAUAUGCUGAUCAACAAUAUAAAAACCAACACACGUUGAAUUUCAAUAAAGACAUCAGUACCCUCAUGCAAGAAACAGCUCAGAGGAAACAAUAUAUGCCAAAUCUAAAGGUGUAUGAAUUGCAAAGUCAGCAGCCAAUAGAAAUUAAACCACAGUUGGAACCAAAUAGGCAGAAAUGUUCAUUAUCUAAUCCUGGCAAUGCAUUUGCCCCCACAAUGGCUAACCAGGUGAAAGAUAGACAUUUUAUUGAGAUUAGGCCUGAACAGAUCAGAGCAGAGGAUAUCAAAGCACAACACAACCAAGCAGAGCUGGCAAAGGCACAACACUGGGCUCAACUGGAUAAGCCCAACAGGGAGUCAGCUAGGUUAAUUUUAGCAGGGCAGAUUGGUUUGGAGAAAGGCAAAGCAGAACAGGCCAAAGCAGAGCUAACAGAGCACAAGCGGGUUAAAACAAAACAUAUGAAAACAGAGGAGCAAAUACAAGAAAAGUCUAGACAAAAUCUACCUGAGUGUGCCAGAGAUGAACAGACAAAGUCAGAGCAAACCAAAUUACAGAAAAAUGACCAGGUCAAAGUAAAACAAGCUGAAGCAGAGAGGCUAAAAGAAGAACACAUAAAAGCUGAACUGGCAAAGGCAGAGCAGGCUAGAGCUGAACAGGCCAGAAGAGGAAAGAUUGAAGCAGAGCAAAUUGCGGGAGAAAAGGCAAAAGCAGAUCAAUUUGAAAAAGGGAGAAUGGAGGGAGAACAAAUCAGAACAGAAAGAGUUAAAGCUGAACAGGCUGAAGCAGAGCGUAUAAAAGCAGAAAAAGCUAAACUCGAGCAGAUACACAAGCAAUCAGCUAAAGCUCAAAUAGCUAAGCUAGAGCAAUUACAACAGCAACAAGCUAAAGCAGAACAAGCUAAGCUAGAGCAAUUACAACAGCAACAAGCUAAAGCAGAACAAGCUAAGCUAGAGCAAUUACAACAGCAACAAGCUAAAGCAGAACAAGCUAAGCUAGAGCAAUUACAACAGCAACAAGCUAAAGCAGAACAAGCUAAGCUAGAGCAGAUAAAAGAGCAACAAGCUAAAGCAGAACAAGCUAAGCUAGAGCAGAUAAAAGAGCAACAAGCUAAAGCAGAACAAGCUAAGCUAGAGCAGAUAAAAGAGCAACAAGCUAAAGCAGAACAAGCUAAGCUAGAGCAGAUAAAAGAGGAACAAGCUAAAGCAGAACAAGCUCAACUAGAGCAACAAGCUAAAGCAGAACAAGCUAAGCUAGAGCAGAUAAAAGAGCAACAAGCUAAAGCAGAACAAGCUAAGCUAGAGCAGAUAAAAGAGCAACAAGCUAAAGCAGAACAAGCUAAGCUAGAGCAGAUAAAAGAGCAACAAGCUAAAGCAGAACAAGCUAAGCUAGAGCAGAUAAAAGAGCAACAAGCUAAAGCAGAACAAGCUAAGCUAGAGCAGAUAAAAGAGCAACAAGCUAAAGCAGAACAAGCUCAACUAGAGCAGAUACAAGAGCAACAAGCUAAAGCAGAACAAGCUAAGCUAGAGCAGAUACAAGAGCAACAAGCUAAAGCAGAACAAGCUAAGCUAGAGCAGAUACAAGAGCAACAAGCUAAAGCAGAACAAGCUAAGCUAGAGCAGAUAAAAGAGCAACAAGCUAAAGCAGAACAAGCUAAGCUAGAGCAGAUAAAAGAGCAACAAGCUAAAGCAGAACAAGCUAAGCUAGAGCAGAUAAAAGAGCAACAAGCUAAAGCAGAACAAGCUAAGCUAGAGCAGAUAGAAGAGCGACAAGCUAAAGCAGAACAAGCUAAGCUAGAGCAGAUACAAGAGCAACAAGCUAAAGCAGAACAAGCUAAGCUAGAGCAGAUAAAAGAGCAACAAGCUAAAGCAGAACAAGCUAAGCUAGAGCAGAUACAAGAGCAACAAGCUAAAGCAGAACAAGCUAAACUAGAGCAGAUAAAAGAGCAACAAGCUAAAGCAGAACAAGCUAAGCUAGAGCAGAUAGAAGAGCAACAAGCUAAAGCAGAACAAGCUAAGCAAGAGCAGAUAAAAGAGCAACAAGCUAAAGCAGAACAAGCUCAGCUAGAGCAGAUAGAAGAGCGACAAGCUAAAGCAGAACAAGCUAAGCUAGAGCAGAUACAAGAGGAACAAGCUAAAGCAGAACAAGCUAAGCUAGAGCAGAUACAAGAGGAACAAGCUAAAGCAGAACAAGCUAAGCUAGAGCAGAUAAAAGAGCAACAAGCUAAAGCAGAACAAGCUCAACUAGAGCAGAUAAAAGAGCAACAAGCUAAAGCAGAACAAGCUAAGCUAGAGCAGAUAGAAGAGCGACAAGCUAAAGCAGAACAAGCUCAACUAGAGCAGAUAGAAGAGCGACAAGCUAAAGCAGAACAAGCUAAACUAGAGCAUAUACAAGAGCAACAAGCUAAAGCAGAACAAGCUCAACUAGAGCAGAUACAAGAGCAACAAGCUAAAGCAGAACAAGCUAAGCUAGAGCAGAUAAAAGAGGAACAAGCUAAAGCAGAACAAGCUAAGCUAGAGCAGAUAAAAGAGCAACAAGCUAAAGCAGAACAAGCUAAAGAGCAGUUACGGGAGCGACAAGCUAAAGAAGAACAAGCUAAAUUAAAGCAGAUAGAAGGGCAAAAAGAUCAAGCAAAACAAGCUGAAAUCAUGCAAAUACAAGAGCAACAAGUUAAAGCAGAUCAAGCUAAACUACAGCAGACAAAAAAGCUAAAAUCUAAAACAGAACAAGCUAAACUAGAGCAGACACAAGAGAAACAAGUUCAAUUCGACCAAAAUAACACUAAGGUAGUUAAAAUGGAAAAUGUCCUAAUAAAUCACGUUCAAGUUGAAGAUGUAAAACAAGAGACAGUUUUGAAAGAUUCAAUAAAUGCUAGUCGAGAAUCUGCCGAGCAACCUUCAACUCAGAUAAGUAAAGCUAAAGACAUAAAGGCAGAGCAGGCAAAGUUAGAACUAACCAAAGUUGAGCUAGCUAAAGAAGAUAAUAUGCAUGAAAGGUCGCCAGUGACACAGCAGGUCAAAAGAGAGCCUGAUAGAGUUGAGAUAGUUAAGACAGAGUUGGCUAAAGCUAAAGCUGAAUUGGCUAAAAUAAAAGAGAAAAUGAGAGGAGAGCAAAAGGAGAAAGUCAGAAAUACAGUUCUAAGAAAAGAAAAUGGGAGUAAGACAGAUGAUUGUUUAAAGAUACAUAUCAAUACAAAUGCAGAUCAACAGCAGUCAACACAAAUGCAUCAACAGAGGGAUGACUCAGUUUUAAGCAAGCAAUAUUUAGAUCAAGUUAAUAGUGGGGUUAAUGAAUAUGUGCGUCUUCGAGCGAAAUAUGGUUUUAUUGAUACAACUUCACCAACCAGCAACAACGUGUUGGCAGCAGGAAAUGUUUCUUCAAAUGACGUUGAUGAAAUACCAGUUGUAUCUCUUGAUGAAGUUGAAACAAAAAAUAAAUCUAGUCCGACAAGCAGAGUUGCAACAGAUAACACACAGAAUGAGGAUGAAGCAGGCAGCUUGAAACCUAAGGAGUUGACAGAUAGUCAGUAUGUUUAUAGUGAGUCAUCAAAGGAAUUCAAAUUAUCUGGUGGUAAUUAUUUACCUUUCAAUGAAGAUGAAACAGCAAUCACUGACAAUGUUACUGAUAAAGUUAAGGAUGACAGUCUUGAAAAGUCGAAGAAAUCUGACAGUCUUGAAAAGUCGAAGAAAUCUGACCCUCUGAAACACACUGAUAUUUCAGAACAAAGAGAUUCUCAUCCGCCUAAACUGUUCCCCUUCGAGCGAAAUGAAGGUUCAGAUAAAGGUUCACACUUCACCCCUCCCAGAGCAUUGUCCAGCAAAGAGAGAGCACAGACCAAACAGGAGAUUCUGACCUCAAGGAUAAAAGCCCAUGCUGAAAAAGAAAUUUCAGCCAUCAAGGAAAAGGGGUUUGCAGUAAGAGAAGGGUUUAUGUCCAAAAAUCCUGCCAGGCAGUUAUCAGGUAGUCAGAGUAUGAUUAUACGACAGAGGCCACCAGCACAGGAAAUGUCUAAAAAACAUGAAAUGUCCAGUAAUUACACUCUAAAGCACCGGAUGGAGCCUUCAGAAAUACAGAUGGAUCCAGUCAAAUAUUUUUCACCUCCAAGCUCUGCUUCAAUCCCACUUAACUCUGCCGCAAUCUCCAGUAAGUUAUUGUGCCAUGAAGAACUAAUUAAGAGCAAUGACAAUGGGCCCAAAACAUCAAAAAACACAAAAGAUAGAAGUUAUAACAUGAGCGCAAAUGAGGGAUUGGUUGAAAAUCAAAAGAAAGAGAAUCAAACUGGAAUUAAGUCACCAAUACAAAGUAAGGAGCAGACACCCAAAAACAAGCAAGAAAAACAGGAUGCAGAUCAAGGAAAAAGCUCAAGGCAGAAAGAGGGACUAAAAGACAAUGUUGAUGUAAAAACUGAACAUCUCAACAAGAAGAAAGAGGAGGCAUCAAUAGCUAUAGCUGCGGUUGAAUCUGAAAGCUCAAAACCUAUGAUGACAGAAGAGACGGAAAUUAAACAUGAAGCUGUACAUGAGGACUCAGCACAUUCACUAAAUAUUGUCUUUGGUCAGAACGAGACCCUAGUAGCUGAUGAGAGCUUGAAGAUCACAGGAAUAAUGGUUAGUGUGCGAGAAAGAAAGCAAUCUAUGGACAAAGGUCAGAGUAAUAUGAGCACUCUAGAACAAAUUAAUCGUAAAGAUUGCAAUAAUUCAGAGCUAGAUAAAUGUAAUUCCAGCUCGGGUCUGGAAGUAAGUAAAGGAAAUACAUCUUCAAUGGAACUUAGCAUGGUAAAGCCAAAGGUUGAAGUUCUACGGAACACUCAUUCUACAAAGAAGGAAGAUCAAACUAAUGUUGGUAUGAAUAAUCAUCACGAAAACAGGCAAGAAACUUCAACCCUAGAAGCUAGAAUGAAAAAUGUGUCUGAGACUGUCACAGAGAAAAAUACUAAUCUCCAGCAGGAGAGUUCUACUAUAAUUGUAAAAUCCCUGGUUGAAAAAGGUGCACCCUCCACAGUCACUGAACUUGCUAAAAAUAAAGUGUUGGCUGAAUCGCAACCCCUUCUCUACAAACAGGACAUAAUGGCAAAUAAAAUUAAAGAUCAAACAAAAGAAACGGCAAGAGAAAACUCAGCAAAAAGCAGGAGAAAAGAUAAAGUAAAGAUUAGUACCGAACAAAACGAUCGUCCAACAACAUAUACCAACAACAACUCCAAGCCCAAAGUGAUAGAGAACACAAAUGGUGCUGAUGCUGAAACUCUGAUAAAACAUGACAUCCAGCCGUCAGCAAAAGAAGAAAUGUCAACUGUCAGAAAUCCAUCCAAAAGCAGAAACAUAGAUGGCAACAGUGCACCCCUAGUGGAAGAAAACAUGUGUGACUCUACACCACCAAAGCCAUUCAUCAAAAUCAGUCCCUCAAUUAAUUUAACUGAGAAUGAAAACACCCAUGUGUCUCCAAAACAUCAGUAUGAAGAGACACACAUGGAAAAAAAUAACCAAGAUGAUGUUAAUGUGAAUAUAGGUAGCACUGCCAUCAGAGUUGUGCCCGCAAUAACUGAAAAGAUCAACCUGAAAAUGGUGGGAAAACAUAGUGUCACCACUAUCCCCUCUGAUGUACUUGCACUGGAUGGGUUUAAACAAGAUGGACAAUCCAGUCUUGGAGAAAAAGUAAAAACUUUAAACACUGAAGACAGAAGCAAAGUCCUUGCUCCAGCAAACAGUGAGAAGCAGGCACAAGACAGUUUGGAAGAAAAAUGGACAGUACAAAGUGUGUUGUCCAGUGUUAAAAGGCUUUCUGAUUCACUGAAAGUCAGCAAUCAAGAAAACAGCAUAAACACAACCAUUGAGAACACUCAGGCUGAAAAAGGACAGCCUCAAAGAGUCAAUAUGAGAGAAACAGUAGACGAUUUAAAGAAACAACCAAUGGUGGGAGACUACUUCCAAGUACAAGGGGUAUCAGAAACUAAUGAUGACACACAAAACUGUACAAAUGUUGAAGUUACGUCAGAUGCGGUUUCAAAAGAAAAGGAACUUCCAGGAUUACUACCAAACAAGGCAGCUAUCAGCAAUAAAUCAUGCAAUGAAGAAAAACAUGUGGUUGAUCAAAGUGAAAGGAAAACAGUGGAAACAAGUUCAGAAAAAGUUCAAGAUGAUAAUGUGAAAAGGAAAAACGGGAAAACAGAAGAUAACCUGGCUUUGAAACAGAGUGAUGGUCCCACAGAGAAACAGAGUAAUACAAAUGAGAAGACAGAAGCCAGUCAAGCUGUUCACAUCAGAAAACAUCAAACAGUGAAGCAGCCCAGUUUAUCAGCAAGGGAAAGGCAGAGCUCAAGAAAUACCCACCCAACAUAUGAGGAUACAGAUAAGGAAAAACCUCAAGUUAAACCAAAGCCAAAACAAAGAGUAUCCACAAUACCUGAGAUAUCAGCACUUGCAGACUAUGCCAGGUUAAAAGUUAUUGUUUCAGAAGAUGAAGCAAACCCAAUUCAGGAAUUCCCGCCUAACAAAAAGGAGGGAUUAUUUCCAAUAAUACAGACUCGCCAUAGCAGACGUCCGGUGUUCACUGCUGACCCACAAGUCCUCCCUGUGAAACAGAAAAGCGUGCCAAAAAAGACGGAGGUCAACUCCAAGUUGAACAAAGAGCCCAAACCUGUAGUAUUUCCAAUUACAGAGAAAGAACACCAAAGGACGGGGAUGUUCAAGUUGGGCGACAAAGAAAGACAAGACAAAAUGCAAAUGGCUGCCAAAGCCAAUAAAGGUAUAUUAGAUUCAAAACAAGCACAACAACUCAAAGAAACAAGCAAGUCACCAACAAAUUAUCUUUCGAACCAGAGAAGUGAAAAACAAGUGGCUGGAACUGAUAACCAAAGAGUUUGUCAAGAAGAACAAAACAUUCAUCAGCCAAAUAAUCCUCCGUCGCUAUCAACAACCUCAGUCAACAGGCUACGAAGCAAUUCUGCAUCACAACACCUCAAGACAAUGGAUAGCUCCAAUCCACCUGAACACGUUGUGGGAGAAGGGUACAGUGUAGAAGACACCACAGCAACUCCAAGAAAAGAUGGGAAGAUUGAAAAUGCACUGGCUAACAUUGGGGAAGAUGAAAGGAGUCAAAAAAUGCUUGCAACUCGGCAUGAGGAAAUCGAGGCACAACAGCGUAGUAGAGCAAAACAGUUUGAGGAAAAAGAAGCUUCUAGGAUUGAGGAGGAGAAAAGAGCAGAAGAAAUGAGAGUUAAACAAAUGAUAGAGGAAAAUAGAGCUUCUCUGGCUCAAGAAGAGAGGAGAGCUGCUCAGAGAGAAGAGGAGAGGAGAAUAAGGGAACGGGAGGCCAUUGCUGCUAAAAUCAAGGAGAGGCGGGAAAAACAGAGAGCAGCAGAAAGAAGAGCAGAAGAAGAAAAAGCAUCUCAAGAAAAAGAGGCGACCAGAGCAAAACAAAUAGAAGAAGAACGGAGAAUAAAAGAAAUUGAGGAGAAGAGGAGAACAAAGGUUGAAGAGGAGAGAAGAGCAACAUUAAGAAAGGAGGAAGAGUUGCUCAAAGAAAAUGAGGAGAAAAGGAGGAGACAGCAAGAGGAGAAAGCUGUUCAAGAGGAGCAGCAGAGGAGAGCCAAACAGAUUGAGGAGAAGGAAGCUGCUCGAAAUGCGGAGGAGGAAAGAAUCACACAGAUGAAAGAGAAAGCAGAUCAGAAGAUUGAAGAGCAGAGGAGAGAGAGGCAGAAAAGGGAAGAAUGGAUGAGAACUCAGAGAGAGGAGGACGAGAAGAUAGCUGUUGAAAAAGCACUUAUAAAACAAAGAGAAGAACGGAGAGCCAAAGAGGAGAUGACCAGACUCAUUGAGGAAAGCCAAGCAGCAAUAAAAGAGGAGGGGAAGAGAGUGGCAAGAGAACGGAUGCAAACUCAAAGAGAAGAGGAGAUCAGGGCUCAGAGGAGGGAAGAGAAAGAUCACACGUUUACUGAUCACAGAGAAACGGAGAGAGCCACUCAGAUGGAGGAGCAGAAAAGAGCAACAGCAAAGAUGGAUUCCCUCCAGUACUAUGCCAUCACCUCAACAGAUUCAGAGAAGAAACCCAGAGAAAGACAGCUGUGCUCCCCUUCACCUUCUCAACAAAGACAGAAUCCCUCCGGGCUUGGGUCAGCCGAGGACUCAGGAUGCUACACGAGGUCUUACAGGCCACAUGCAGCUGCAUCUCCAGCACUAUCUUUGCCCCGCUCAAACAGCUCCUCUCCUGCUCUGGGAGUCAAGCCCUCAAUGUUCAGGGUGAAGGACAACACUUUCAGAGGUUCCUCCCUCACCAAGUCGGUCAAACCACGCCUCCAUAAAAGCUUUGGAGAGGAUUUCCGGGUAGGAUCACCCCUGGAGAGAGGAGAUGAAGAGCAGGAGAUAAUGAGACGCAGCGCUGGUACUCCUGACACAGGUUUAAACAGACUUGCUGCUAUCAAAGAAUCCUCCACUUAUCCAUAUUCAUCUCAAGAUUACUCAGCCCAUCUCUCCCAGCACAGACCGUACUCAAGGAGGAGCAUUGUUCUAGAUGAAGACGACUCUCGCUCCGUCAUCAGCAACAUGUCCGAGGAUGGCGAGAGUUGUGCCACCAGUGCAGCAGACCUUGCAGACCUACGAGGCCUGUAUGACUACGAGAGACCAGAAUCGUCCUGUAGCUACAGCAGUGAUAUGUCCCGUUCUACGGGCAAGCCUCCAACUGUUCCUCCAAAGAGUGAGAAAGCCUUGCGAAGAGCAAAAAGGUUGACAACUCAUAGAAUAAAGAAGGAUAUCUCCAAAACGGUAGCAGACAGCCCUGUUGGAGUUGAGAAAUCUCUUCAAGAAGACGCCAAUAUUCCUUCCUCCAUUGAGGUAUGCUCCAACUUCCGCCGAGCUGUGGCUUCCCCUCAUUUUUCCUCACCUGUCUCCCUCGCGCAUGCUCCAGCAGCGGGGUCUGGCAUGGCUUCUUUACACUCUAAGCACCAAUCUUCUCACAGCUAUGCUUCCCCCCAUGCCACUGGUCCUAUCUCCCUCGCAGUUGCAUCACCUCAUGCCACUGCCCCCGUUUCCAUCACUGUUGCCCCGCCUAAUGCUGCUGGCUCUGCUUCCCACACUUCUGCUCUUAAGACAGUUGCUCAUGUUUCUUCUUCUCCCACUCUCCAUCAUGCCAAACACCCAGCUCCAGCUCCAGUGACACAGUACCAUGUAGAAUCAAGCUACCCCCAUUCCUAUCCAAUGACCCAGCGUAAGGUGCUGCAAGACCUCGGCUCUGGUCAGUAUUUUGUGGUUGAUGUGCCGGUUCAAGUUAAAACUAAGACUUUCUUCGACCCAGAGACGGGAAAGUAUGUCCAGCUGAAUGUGCGCGAGUCUGGCCAAAGCACCUCCCGAGCCCCGCCCCAGCAGACGUACACACAACCUCAGCUCCAACCACACAUGCAGGUCAAGGUUCAACAACAGUCCCAGGUCUCUCCAGCUGGCAAGCCUUUUGGGGUUUAUCAAGGCAACCAUGGUUAUCCCAAAGACUACCAAGCUCCAUCUAUCAACUCUGUGCGCUCCCACAGUUUAUCGGCCCCUGUGACCGUCCACCAGAACCAGCAGUCUGUAAGGCAGAGCCACAGCUAUGGACACACAGCCCCUGAGAUGGGACAGAACUGUGAUGGGCAUUGCUACAGCCCAGAGAAGACUCCAUACAUGGACACAGUUAAUGAUAAAGACAAAACAUAUAACACAGUUUACAACACACAUGGCCCAUAUGAAUCCUUCCCAGAGUUUGACACAAACAGCCAGCUUGCAGGAAGCCCGGUUUGUGAAAAUGAUAACUCAGCCCACUCACAAAGUCAGCCCCGUGAUAUAAUAAGCAUCAGUGAACUGGAUGACUUUAUGGAGAUGUCUGACUGGUGAGAGCAAAGACUGUUAGCUUUUUCUUCUAAAGGGGUUGAUACUGUUAAACAGACAAGUAAAGUACCCAAAAGCACAGUAUGAAUGGAUCAAGAUAUGCAGUAUUUUAAGUGUAUGUGAACGACUUCAAGUGAAAAUAUUGCUGCUGUUGAUUUUGGAGAUUCACUGUUGCUAUUUUUUGUUCACCAUUCCAUUUAACUUUUGAAUGUGAGAAGUUAAGAUAUGUGUCUUGUGUAUACAUUAAUAAGUAUCCCAUUGUCUCCUAAACCUAUACGUAUUUUAUCAUACAUUAGAAAAGCAACAGUGUGACAAUAGUGUUUAGUAGUUUGGAAAAACAUUGGUUUCUGCUAUGAACAUUGGCAAGCCUUUUUAAGUUUUAUUUAUUUUUAAUUCAUUUUGUGAUGCAUGAAAAAUUGGUAGACCUGAAGUGACAAUGACAUAUCUGCAGAUGGUGUAACGCCUAGUUUGUCAAAGUGAGACAAUGGUAAUGUGAUUAUUGCUGUUUUUGAGGUUUCAUUUCAUACAGUACUCCAUUUUUAAAGUUGGAAGUUUGUGAGAAUGUUGCUGUGAUACAGAGUAAUGCGGAAUGGACUAAUUAAAGCAAUAAAAACAAUUAAUUCAUCCAAACAAUUUCACCACAAUGUCUUUCAGAAUCACAUUGUAAAGGUUUUUGAAUAAACAAAAAGGAAAUGUAAAAUA